AUGGUGCUCGGGCUUAUUGACUUGGCAAUAGUAAAUGGCUACAUUGUACACAAGGCCUAUCACAAACAGAAGCCCUCACGCCCAUUGAGCCACGUGAAGUACAUGAAGAAGCUGCACUUGCAGCUUCGCCAGCUGCGGGCGUCUGACAUGUACGAAGGUAACACCUUCGGAACGCAGCAUGGUUCAGGUGAGGAUGCCACUGCACCAGCUGUCGUCGACACAGGAGAGGCUCUACACGCCCCCAAACAACUCGAUGAUUGGCGGAACAGGGACACACAACCGAAGCGUCGGCAGCGAGCGUGUAAGGUGUGCUGGCUCCUACGUGGCAGUGAUAAACGUGCUACAACAACUGCCUCCUUCUGCGAUGCGUGCAGCGAGUCGGGGCCGAUAUUCCUGUGCAUGAAGCCUUGCCGGCAGAUGCGCGGGGUGGCGAUGACGUGCUGGGAUAUCUGGCAUCGCGAGUGGAGGAAUGGUAAGUUAGUUCCUGCUGAUACCGGGAGAAGUAUCAGAGUGCCCCCGAGCUGCCGAACCGACUGCAGGUUCCCCCUUCUACACCAAGUACACCAGUCGAACCUCUUACGCCUCUUGCUCCCGGCUAGCACAAGUAAACGACGUAGGAUGAACAUAUAG